AUGGUAAAACUUGAAGACACCCUGUUCCUUAGUGAUGACAAUAUCAGUGAUCUUGACUUGACAAAGCAAGUCCAAGCUGCCUUGUUCACUCUCCUCACAAGUUCCUCCAACAAAGAGAUUCUAGAAGCUCUGUGCAACUUCGACUUGAUUGUAGAGCUCGCCAACCAUACACGGCAAUCGGUUGAAGAGUGCAAACUGCACGAAGACGGCUCUUGGCCAGAACUCACCGACGGCCUCACUGACAUCUUGUCGACGUUCGUGUCGAACUCUGACCCCGAGAAUUACUUACUGCUGUGCAACUUGCUUCUGAGUCUGUUUAUGAAAGAAAACGUGUUGGGGCCUUGCUUCCGGAACCCCUCCGGAAACAAAGACAAGCAGGCGUUUACCGAGCAGCAGACAGGCUUGCUCGAUGUGAUCUCACCGAAUGGAGACGACCAGCAGUUCCAGAACUACUUGCUCGAGUACUUCGCACGAGAAGGCGAGAACGUCUACAAAAACACAAAGUCGUUGCCAGUCUUGCUCUACCUGGACAUCCUGCUAUCACUGGAGUCGGCAGCGUUUGAGAUUCCGAAGUGUGCGAAAGUAUGGAAGGCGAGGUACCACAUGGUGCAUAACCAGCUGUUGACUUCGAAUGUGUGUUAUUUGCAAGACAAGUCACUAGAUUAUUACAGCUCGUACUUGGAACAGAUGGAAGAAGCGGAUUCUAACUCAAAAGCAUACUUACUCAUAGAAUAUAGUAAUUGCUGCCUUCACUUUUUCAAGUAUUCCAAAUCAGAAGAUGCUCUUGAGAAGGCAAGAAAAUUGAUUGGCAUCAAGCUAAAUUUGACUGGAAAAAUGGGAAGAAGAACAAAAUACCAGAAGUUCGAUGUACCACAGCUGGUUCUGAAUAUUGAAAGUGAAAGAGUUGAUGAAUUUAUUCACCCAGAAGUGAGUCCGGUCGAUUUAAUAAUUGAUAAUGAGAGAAAAGCUGAAGAAGAAGGAAAAGAGGAAAGUAAAAGCUCCCACCAAAAAGUAAGCCUUGAAGAAGAAUCUAUUUUAUUGGAAAAAGUAAAAAUUACUGAAGAAGGAGAAGGGGAGAAAGAAACAAAUGUGAGCUUGAAUUUACAAAUCUAUAUAAACUCUUUGAUAAAUAAUGAGCUCACUUCUAAGCCAAAUGAAUAUGAUCUUCAAUAUGAAAGAGCAAACGCUUAUAUUGAAAGAGUGUUGGAAUGUUCAAACAACUGGCUUGUCUUCUCCAUGAGUCUCUUCCUCAGGUCCAAGAACGAACAAGAACGACUCAAAACAAGAGAACGGUCCAUGAUCCAAAUGCAAACUCUCAUCGACCAGUUCAGCGACGAAGAGCCUAGUCUUGGUGAGAGAACACGCUACGUGUACGCUAACCCGUACCCGUUCUCGUGGAACCUCAAGAAGCAGCUCGGGUUUGCCUACCAGUCGAUCGGAGUUUACUUGUCAGCAUUUGAGCUGUUCAAAGAGCUGGAUUUCUUUGAAGAAGCUGCUCAAUGCAUGGUUGUCAGCGGCAAAAUCACUCAGGCUGAAAAGUACAUUGACUCUGUCAUCGAAGAGCAUGGGGAGACUCCGCAAAUCAUGUGUUUGCUCGGAGACCUCAAGCGCAAAGAAGAGUACUACGAGCGAGCAUGGGAGCUCUCCAACCACCGAAAUGCAAGGCCGAUGAGGUCUCUCGGAAUGAUGAAGUUCCAGAGAGGCCAGAUGCCUGAAGCCAUUGAGUGUCUGAAAGCAGCUCUCGAGAUCAACAAGCUGUAUCCGUCAUCUUGGUAUGCUCUUGGAUGUGCCUAUGUCAAAGAAGGCUGUUUCGAGAAGGCCAUCUACGCAUUCGGUAACGUCGUGAGUUAUGAUGAAAGCCACGGAGAAGCCUGGUCGAACCUGGCUAGUUCGUACAUGCAGCUCGACAAGUUCAAAGAAGCUCAGUCUUGUCUGGAACAUGCAGCCAAGUCGUGCAGAGACAACUGGAAGAUUUGGGAGAACCUUAUUUUGUUGUACUUGCAGUCGAAUCUGUUCAUGAGAGCAGUCACGUCGAUCAAACAGCUGAUCACGCUGAAUAAAGUCGACCGAGUGAAUGAGCGACUGAUGCUCAAAGUAUCGAACUGUUUCAUCAAUAAGUUCUUAAGCAAGGACUCUCAACAGACUCCGGAGGCUGUCCAUAGAAACACUGACGUGCUGUUCGAUUUAUUCGACAAAGUGCUAGCUGAGAGUCCGAAAGACACUGGCAUCUUGAAGCUGUACGGACGACUGGUCUCCUCAAUUCGGAGUGACGACUAUGACAAGGUCAAGUCACUGAAGCUCAGAGAGACCAGGAGUCUGCUCACUGCAGGCUGGCAGUACGAUCUUGAGCAAGGCGCCAAAAUCACGAAGACCAUCGACGAGCUGAAGUCGAUCAUGGGAGACAAGUUCGCAGAGGACGAAGAGACCAGAGUCUUUGUAGAGAAUACGCUCGAAACGAUUGAGCAGAAUAUGAAAUAA